CGAUUCUGGCAUAGACGCUUUUAUGGUAUACUCACAGCAUGUGAGGAACACCCGUCGUGGAGUCAACGAGUACUUGAUUGACCUUUACCGGUGGCAUUUCGACGACUCGUAGGAGUCUCGCAAGGAAUCUCCCUCUUAUUGCCAGAAUGGAUUUGUAACUACCGUCAUGGCUUCACCACUUAGUAUUCUUGGCGAGCCUUUCGUUGGCAUAGAACUUGUCGCAGCAGCAGACGCACGGAGCAUCAGGGGACUAGCGGGGAACCCUCAGGACGCCAAAGUCAUUGCCCGGUUUACCUGGCAUCGAAGUCUUGCAGAUGCAAGGGUCAGGGUUGUUAUCCCGCCUUCUGCGGAUGACGCCACUGCAUGGGAGCCCAUACCGGGCGCCACCCGCCCCAUGUACCGCUGCACAGCGGACGAUGUGGGUCGGUGGCUUCGAGCAACCGUAGUGCCGCUGGUGGCGACGGCUGGAGGCAGGGGCGGCUCCUCCGCGGGCGGAGAGCCCCCAGGACCAAGGCCGGUACUACGAGCUGUCGCGGGGCCGGUUAGCCUGCAACCAACGGCAGGCACCGCGACGACGAGCUUCCGCGGCUCACUGCCUGUUUCCACGCACGCCUCACCACGCCAACGAGCGCAACCGCAGCAGCAGCCGCAGUCGCCUCCACGCCCGCAAGCCCCACAGCACUCGCAGCCGCCAUCGCAUCAGCAGGCCCCCCAGUCGCCUCCGCGGCUGGUUGUGGAAGGGCAGUACACGGCGGUGGCGGAGGGCGCCAGUCGCCUGCUGGUGGCGCUCAGUCCCACCCACCUGGUGGCGGACGAGGGGGACCGGCAGCCGCUGCCACCGCCCGCCGCCGCAGCAGCAGCCCUCCGUGCUCCCGCCAGCCCCGAACGCAGUGCAGCGGCUGCCGGCCGGGCCGCCCCCUCAUAUGCUGUUGCUGGGCCCAUGCUGCCGCAGCAGCAGCAGGCUGUGCCGCCGUACCAUCCCAUCGGCGGGCGUGACCAGCCGCACUGGCAGCAACCGCAACAGCAGCAGCAGCCUGUUCGCAGUGCAAGUGCGGGAGGCCAGUCGCAUGCCCGAGGGACCGCAGACCCGGCUGCCUCAAUGGACGGCGGGUUGUUUGGGCCUGAAUUCGCCCUCUCCCCCGACAGGCUGCGAUCCUCUAACCACUGGGAGGAGGUAGUGGGGCCGCUGCUUGGAUCGCCUCCGCCCGUCGACCCCACCAGGCAGAGCUCCCCACUCCUCCGUCAAGGAGCUGCUGCGGCGGCGGCAACGGCUCAGGUGCCAGGUAGACGUGCUGCAAAGACAGACCCAGGCGGCCUUGCUGUUGGCCCCCCGCCACCUGUUUCAGCCCCGUUGGAGGAGCUGCUGAACUACGCCAUGCAGUUCCAGGAGCAGCAGGCCCCGCAGCCCGCGGCGCCGCCAGCGCAUCCGGGCUCCAGCAGGGUCUCCACAGGUGGCCUGGGGGGUGGCCCGGAGAGGCAGCCGGCGGCUGUGUCUUCACAGGGUGGUGCUCCUCAAGGCGUGGCGCGUCCUCCUCAGGCCCGGCCGCCACAGCCACAGCCGCAGUCGCAGCAGCACUGGCGUGGCCCGGCCGGAGGGGCGGCUGAGGGACGCUACCCGAUUGGCCGUCCGCCGUACCCAGGCGGCAGCAGUGGCGGCGGCGCCAGCAGCAGCGGCAUGGAGAGUGUGGAAUCGUCUGGGUACUUUAGGGAGGGAGCCAUGCCCACUCCGUUUGAGAGGGCACCGCAGCCGGCCCCGCUGCAUCCAGGCCAGCCUUUGGACGCCGCAGCAGCCCGCGGCAGCAGUGGUGGGGGUGGUGGCGCCUUGUCGCCUCUGCCGCCGCAGCGCUUGGACCGAGCCUUCUAUGCGCUCCGCGCGUCCGCAGACCAGGGCUCACGGGGCGGAGGGGCCGCUGAGUGGAACGAGGGCUACGAGGAAGGCCCUACGGAGAAGGGCCACGAGGAAGACGUGGGGGCUGCUUGGGGGCUUGAUGCAGGCGCUGCAUGGCAGGUGGGGCCGGCAACGGCUUCCAGCGGCCCAGCGGCAGGCUCGAAGCCUGGGCAGCUGCCUGGCAGGAGCUCCGCAGAACGCGGUGCUGCGCUGCGGGAGGCCCUGGGGCAGCUGCUGGCGCAACACCACGAGGCAGUGCGCCAGGUCAUCUUGGAGCACGCCGUCGCGCACGACCUUCCCCUGCCCGAGCUGCUCGACCCAUCCAUGCCGCCCCCAUCCUUGCCGCUGCCGCCAUCGUCAACCAACGGCAACACCGCCGCCGCUGCUGCUGCGCGCCCACCACUGGGCCCGUCCCAAUGGCAGCCGCAGUCACAGCAACUGCAGCAGCGCAUGAGCCAAGGGUCCCCUGCGUUUGGCACGUCCCCAAUGUCCUACGGCAGCGAUGCCAGCAGCCUUUCCCUGUCGCACCUGGGCGCCCUCCGGAGCACGCAGAGUGGCGGCGUGGGUGGUGGUGGAGGACGCGAUGUGAGCAAGAGGGGACGUGACGAAGAUGGCCAUGUCAGAGGCGGCAGCAGCGGUGGAGGUAGCGGUGAGUCAGACGAGCGGCGUGCAGCCGAGCUGGCAGCCCCGGGUGAGGAUGAGGUAGCAGCGGAUGGGAACGCCGCCGCCUCUGGAUGGCAAGGAGGAGGUUGGUACUAUCCGGGUGCCACAGAGGGCGGAGCUGGUGAAGCAGCAAACGAGCGCCAGGCGAGGCCUGCUGCUGUCGCUGCCGCCGGCAACCCGGCGGCAGCGGCAGGGCUGGCGCCCCAUGGCCGGUGGUACUAUCCAGGCCCCACAGAGGGUGGCAGCGGUGAGCCCGCUGGCCACCCAGUGGCUUCCCGGACCGCAGCAGCAGCCGGUGCGUCCAAUGGGCGGUGGUACUACCCCGGACCUACCGAGGGAGGCGCGGCGGAGCCGAGUGCGGAUCCGCGACAACGCCAAGCCGGCCGGUCCUCCGGCGGAGGUGCAGCAGCAGCAGCGGGGCCGUCGUCCGGCUUCCCGGGCUUUGCUGCGGAGCAGCGGCGUUCAACGGCAUCAGGAGGGGGCGUGCGGAGUAACGAGGGUGCAGACGCCAGUUUCGAACCACUUCCAAACGGCUUGGACGCCGAGUACUUGGCUGCUCAACUGCUACGCCAUGCGCAGUUGGAGGCGGAGGAGAAAGCGGCCGCUGGGGCGUGGGGUGCUGCAGCCGGUGCUUCGCCGCAGACUGGCGGCGCGCGAGGCGCAGCGGCGGCGGCAGCCUCCGCGUUGCUGGGCCUGCUACGUCGCGUGCAGACAGAGGGAGGUGUUGCUGUAGGUGCUGCGGGAAGCAAGCAACGCAAGGCAGCCACACGGGCUGCGGCUGCUGGGCCGCAUGACAACCCCCCUGCGGCGGCCGCGGAGGAGGCGGCGGCUCGAGAGCGGCGCCGUACGACCGUGGGAACUGCUCCACCCGCCUCGGGCGCAGGUGCUGCUGCUGCUGUUGCUGCAGACAGGUUCACUACCGGCGGAGGCAACGCAAGCGACGCGCGGAGUAACGCAUCUCUGGUCGCAUCCACGCAGCUGCCUGGCUCCAGCUCCGCUCCCGAGGCGGUUCGCAGCCUGAACGAUGCGCUGGUGCAGCAGCUGCUGGAGAGCACUCGGCUGCAGGUGCAGAUGCAGCGCGCCCUAGAUGCGGCGCUGGAGCAGCUCUCCACGCUGCAGGCGCGCGAGCAGCAGCAGCACCUGUCGCUGCCGCUGCCUGCAGCGGGCUCGCAGCUACAGCCUGGGGUCCCGUCGGGCGCUCAAACGGACAGGCAGCCUCAGCUGCAAGAUUCUGGAGCGUACCGGCCCCGGGAGCGGGCUAUCAGCGCCCCGGCAGCAGCACCCUCCUCGCCGCAACGCCCUCUGGCAAGCGGCGGCGGUCAGGCUGCUGGCCCCUCGGUUGUGGCUUCUCCACGGUUGCGUGAGGCUGCCACCAGCCCCAUAAUAGCGGCAGAGGAUGAACGCGAGGCGAGGAGGAGGUCGAGGAGCGCCGCGGGGGCAGCUGCGCCGGUGGCUGGGGUUGCGGUUGCUGAUGCCAUGGCUGUGGAGGGCGGCGGUGGUCAUGGUUCGGCCGUGGCUGCUGUGGGCGACGCUGGGCAGGACGCUGCGGCCGCGGACGCGCUGCGUGCCGCACUUCACAUGCAUCACCAGCGGUGGCGGGUGAAGAAGGCCAAGUACAAGGAACAGGUGCAGGCGUGGCAGUACACCGCAUGGCGCUACGCCACUGCUUGGAAACGGGCGCGAGCUGCACUGCAGGCUUUGGUCUCGACUCAAGGUGGUGGAGGCGCCGGCAUCGGGCCCAUCAGCGGUGCCGACAGUGACGCCCUGCGCUCGUGCUCGGCCUCACCGCCACCGGCAGCCGCACCGCCGCCUCGGGACUUCCGACCUUUGGUUCCGGGGGCUGCGAACAACGCUGCGGUACCAUCAAGCAACAAGGCCGACCCACCUGCGUUGUCGCCACGGCACAAGAGCCGACGAACCAAAGAGCCGCACAAGUCCUCCAGCGCCUCCCCGCUCAGCUCGCCGCGCCUGCUGGCCAGCCUCGCAGCCGCGCUGCAGUGCCGGGACCAGCCGCUGUGCGCCUGGGCUCCUGUGGCUCCUGCGCAGCAGCCGGAGGCCGCGGCAGACGUGCUGCGUGCGACAGCGCAUGUCUGCACGGCGGCCGCAUCCGCCAUGGACUCACAGCGGGCUCGUGGCAUCGUGGCUUGCAAAGCCGGCGGCAACGGCAGUGCGGCGGCGGCGCAGGGAGGCGUGUACAACAGCCCGCGGAAAUCGCACUCCAAGUCCCCGCACAAGCAUGUUGCAGACGAGUCGGGAGGCGUAGCGCUCCGGCCGGCAGAUCAACCCGUCCUUGAGAAGGGCAAGUCCCCGGUCAAGGUCGACCCUACCGCGUGCGAUGUGGAGAGCUUGUGCCGGUGCCUUAAGUCCCUGUCAGCACGAGACGCAACGGUGGCGGCGCUCUGUGCGUACGGCAUGCCUCCAGGCGGUACGGAUGCGGCCACGGACCUCGGGCGGCUGAGGGAUCAAGCAGGUCACGGUCGCUCCCGCAGUGCAGAGCGCAGGGGCGGUGAUGCGGCGGGACAGGGCCCCAUGGAGUCGGCUGCGCACUGGCCCGCUACGCUGCGCUCGAAGGCUGACAGCAGCAGCAGGCCUCGCAGCGUCAGCCCCAGCCUAGGCCAGAAGCAGCCUUGGAGGUCCGCAGGCACCCAUCCCAGCACCCCCCCUGGCGGGGGCUUGCCCCGACCGCACCGCCAUGACUCCGCGUCACGUGAACCGCAAGACGCCCCAUGGUCGGACUGCGCACCCCUCGAGGAACUCCAACCCCUCGAGCAGUCCAAGUCCCCAGCGGUGCCGCCAGCACCGCCGGCGGCACCUCCGGGAUACCGCGACCCGCACGGCUGGUGGAACUACCCAGAUGGCUGGAUCGACGUGCACCCCCGGCCCCCACACAUGCUUGUCCAGCAAGCGAAUACAAAGGGACAUCACCGCAGAUACCCUCAUGAGGAACACAAGCGCCGCAAUGGGCAGUAAACUACAUGCAGGGAUAUUCCUCCUGCACUACGCUGGAUGGCCGGCUCGUCAUAAAAUCGUCACCGGACGUCCCC